AUGGCGCAGGUCGUUGGAGCCGGUCCUGCCGCUGCCGAAGCUGCUUCUUCAGCAGCACGGCCCGACGCGCCGACCGCUGAGGGAGCAGGAAACAAAUUCCAGCAUGCUAUUUCGUCCUGGAGAAGUGUUGAUUUGACAACCCUGACCGCGAACCUCGAUAAUACAGCGUCAGAAAUCGUGACGUAUCAGCGCGACUCGACAGUGCAGCGUAAAGAGCUGGCACAAAAAACAAAAGACUUCAGAAAGCUUGAUGAUGCAAGCAAAUUGACCGAAAUCAAAGGUCUCUUGAAAGCUUAUCAAAAUUUCAUUGAUCUUCUCACGAAUCAUUCCAAGUCAGUCAACUCAGCCUUCCUUCAGGCCUACACAUCGAUAUCAGAAGCACCGGACCCAUACCCACUCUUGGAAGCCUCGGUAGACUCCAUGCUCCUGUCAGAGGAGACGCUUCCCAGACUCGCAGAAGAAAAUAAGCACCUCCAAGAAAAUGUUUCUAAGCUCACUUCCCAACUGGAAGAUGUCGAAAGCAAGCUUCAGUCAGAACGAACCGCACGAAAAGAAAUCGAGGACAACCUGGACGAGCGUGUUAAAGAGGUUGAAUCGUCUUGGAAUGCCGUCAUGGAAGAGAAGAAAGACAACUGGGCAGCUAAAGAGAAUAGCUUGGAAGAGAAGGUAGAGAAUCAAGAGCGCCUUCUGAACGAAAUGCGUGCCAGCUACGAGGUGAAUCAGCGCCUUGGAAAAGCAGGAGAAGAUCAAGAAAACCACCACGCAAAAGCCUCAAGCGCUGAACUGGAAAUGCUCCAUUCUGAUAUUGAGCGCACCAGCACCAGGCUUGCUGAGGUUGAAGCUCGCAAUGAGCAGCUGCGACUAGAACUGGCCCAGGCCAAAUCCUCCAUCUCAAUCCAGCCCGAAAAGUCCCUGGAAGAUGAUCCUGGGUACAUGCGCAUGAGGUCCGAAAAUUCAUCCCUGAUUCGAAAGCUAGAUGCGUCCAGGUUAGAAAAGGAAAGUAUGAAGCGAAGUUUCGAUUCUCAGCAGCGUACGAUGGAGCGUGAGACACUUCAUUUGAAAGAGGAAAAGGAGACGCUAAAGGCCAAGGUCCAAAGAUGGAACGACUAUGAAGAUAUCAAGCAGGAACUUGAGGUUCUCAAAAGCAUCGAGUUUUCCACCGGUGAUGAUGACGAGGUUCGAGAAAGGAUUGAAAGCAGCACGGACAAGGGGGAUUCUUUAGAAAAGCUCCUUCUGUCCCGCAACAAGAAACUAGGUGACGAGCUAACGGUUCUCCGUGUCUCGCACCAAGACUUACAAUCUCGGCUGGAGGAUCUGCAGGAGGAGCUCUCAAGAACAAAUGCAGAGUUGGAGAAGUCACAGAACUUGAAUCAGAAGCUAGAGGAAGAUCUCGAGCAUAUGCAGGCCGAAGGAGCCAAUGCUUUCCCGUCUGGUGCUUCUGUCGCCGGCACGUACGUCACUCGUGCGCAGACACGAAAGGGUAGGAUAUCACCUACUUCAUCCAUCAUCAGCGGACUGGAUCCACGGUCCACAGCAGGAGAGCGGGAGCCGAUGGGAGGCGGGUCAGGUAUCCUGCCAAUGGUGACAGCACAAAGAGAUCGAUUCAAAAAGAAAAACGCCCAAUUAGAACAGGAGCUGUCCGAGACGCAUCGGACUGCCCAGCAACUACGGCAAGAAGUUGCUGCCUUGCAAAAGGAUAACCUCAACUUGUACGAAAAAACAAGAUAUGUAUCAACAUACAAUCGUGGCGGCGCGACAGCAACUUCGUCAUCGGCUUACUCCUCCAACCCGAAUCCCUCGACGGUUUCCAUCGGCGGGACGGGCAACCCGGGGAUGGCCAUGGACAGAUACCGCCAAGCCUAUGAGUCAAACAUAUCACCGUUUGCGGCUUUUCGUGGUCGAGAGUCGGCCAGAGCCUAUCGGCGUAUGAGCCUCCCGGAGAGGGUGGUGUAUUCGAUCACGCGCAUGGUUCUGGCGUCCCGUACAAGCAGAAAUCUCUUCGCAGUGUACUGUGUAGCGCUGCAUAUACUGGUCUUUUUCUCACUAUAUUGGCUCGGCAGCGCAGACUUGGAUAAGCAUGCGUCCAGUUUGGGCUCCUCUGCUGCCGCUGCUGCCGGAGCGGCUGCAGCCGGUGCAGGAAAGGCGGCAAGUGGUGGUGCAAAUCACGGAGAUUGGAAGCAAGAUAGUUUCAAUAGGCAGUAA